CUAAGAAAAACAUCGUGUGCGUGCAGGCGCGUGCAGGCUCUGCAGUCUCUCUCUCUCCCCCCUUUCUCUCUCUUUCUCUCCUUCUUUCUAUCGCCCUCCCCUUCUCUCUCUCAUGGCUACAACGUCUCAAGCAAGCCUCCUCCUUCAAAAGCAGCUUAAAGAUCUUGCUAAAAACCCGGUCGACGGGUUCUCAGCCGGGCUCGUCGACGAUUCCAAUAUCUUCGAGUGGAGCGUCACGAUCAUCGGCCCACCCGACACUCUGUAUGAUGGAGGUUAUUUUAAUGCCAUCAUGAGCUUCCCAGCAAAUUACCCAAACAGUCCCCCGUCAGUGAGGUUUACUUCAGAGAUGUGGCAUCCUAAUGUUUAUCCUGAUGGGAGGGUAUGCAUAUCAAUUCUUCAUGCUCCUGGUGAUGACCCAAAUGGAUACGAGCUUGCGAGUGAGCGCUGGACACCUGUCCAUACGGUUGAAAGCAUAGUUUUGAGUAUUAUUUCCAUGCUUUCAGGUCCUAAUGAUGAAUCUCCCGCAAACAUUGAAGCUGCAAAAGAAUGGAGAGAGCGGAGGGACGACUUCAAGAAGAAGGUCAGCCGUAUUGUGAGACGGUCACAAGAAAUGUUUUGAAUCCAGACCUGUGGUCUGCAAAGUCUUUGUUGAUGGAGGGUCUACUCUGGUUUUGCUUUAUCUUGGUAAAAUUCUGAAAGAAUUGCUUCUUGGUCAUGUAGGAUUUUUCCAGAUGAAGCUGUUACAAUCUUUCAUCUUCAAAGCAAUUGUCAAAACAUAUAUAGGUUUUCUUUUUUAUAUGUUCGGUUUGGAUGGUGUUUGCAUGAA